CUCGUGUUGAGCUGGGGGUGACCGGUUCGCGAAACUGGGCGGAGAAUCCACCUGGAAAUCUAUACCUUGAUGCAAAAAGACCACUAGGACAGAACUAUGCGUUUUCGCGCGACUGUCGAUAGCUUGCCCACCUUUUCACGCAUUAUACAAUCCAUAGAGAAGCUACAGAAGAAGUGCAUUAUCAAGUUUACGGAGCCUGACAUCUACAUCAUCUGCAACAAUGACGUGAAUGAGGGUGGAGUCCAAGUUUGGUCGCAGAUACGAGUCUCGUCUAUCUUCACCGACUAUCGAAUCCAGUCUAAUUCCAACAAUGAAAUUACCAUGUCAAUCGCGACCGAACCGCUCCUGGCUGUCUUACGAGGCGUCUCCUCCUCUAUCGCAUCUAUGGAUCACAAUGACAUAGUGAUGAAACUGGCGAAGAAGGACGAUAGGGCAGUGUUGCAAUUCGAGAUAGCUGGUUUUUCGCGCUCGGCAAAGUCAAUAACGCUUGCCCACCAUGUUCCCAUCGAAGUCAUGAAACCUAGUGACGUGGCCAAGCUUAAGGAGCCGACGUGCCCCGAACCGGAUAUUCACCUCAUACUACCGUCCCUGACGAAGCUUCGUACGGUUAUCGAACGACUACGUCCGAUGGCAGAGAUUCUCACUGUCAGUGCAAAUCGCUCUGGGGACUUGCAGCUGGGAGUUGAGACUGAUACCGUGAAUAUCAAGACGGCAUGGUCAAAGCUCGUCAUACCUGACAUGGACCAUCAAUCCUCCCAAGACCCAGCCGUGCUCGCAGCUCGUAAUCGGGAUCCAAAGAAGAUGCACAGCGUAAACGUCUCCGUCCGAAGUUUCCAGAAGUUCUUGAACAGCCAUGUUGUGUCGAGUACCACGAUCGCAUGUCUCUGUGCCCGACAUUGCAUGAUCCUGUAUGUUUACAUAGGCGACGUCACCGACGCCGGUGGCGUGCUGACCUUCUACCUUCCCGCGAUCCUCAAUGAUUGA